AUGGCAGACGCCUCCCUCGAAACGAACGGAGCCUCCGAGUCUCUGGCGCAAGAGGCGGCGGCUGGUGCAGCUGCGGCUGCAGGAGCUGUUGCUGCAUCAGCUGGGGGUGUACCCACUGGCGGUCCAGUGGGAGAGAAAAUUCCGCCUUCCGUGGAAAUAAAGUUAUUUAUUGGUCGAGUUCCCCAAUCAAUGGACGAGGAUGGUCUUAGGCCGGUCUUCGAGGAGUUCGGGGAAGUGCGCGAGGUCAUCAUCAUCCGCGAUAAGGCGACGGGAAAGCACAAGAAUAGCGCUUUCAUCAAAAUGGCCUCCAUUGCCGGAGCCGAUUCGGCGAUCAAGGGUCUUCACAACAUCCGCGUGUUGGACUCUUCAAUGGGUGCAAUUUCAGUUAAAUACGCCACUGGCGAGGCUGAGAGGCUUGGGCUUAGUCCCCAGGCUUGCGAGCCUGGCGUGCCGCAAGCGAAGCUCUUCGUCGGCAGCCUCCCACGCACAUUGAAGGAUGAGGAGCUGAAGGCGUUCUUCCAGGAUUAUGGGCAGGUCGAGGAAAUCUUCAUCAUGAAGGACAGUACAACUGGCACCGGCCGUGGCUGUGCUUUCGUCAAGAUGGGGCAGAAGGAGGAGGCGUUGUUCGCCAUCAAUUCUUUGAAUGGCAAGCACGUCUGGACUGGGUGCCCUCGUCCAAUGGAAGUGCGCUUCGCGGAGAGUAGGGCUCAAAGGCAGCAAAUGAUGAACAACAACAUGGGCAUGGGUGGCAUGGGCAUGGCGGCUCGCAGUGGUGGCAUGGGAGGGGGCCCCAUGGGGGGGGGGGUUCCUCGGAGCGGUGUUAUGGGGGGGGGCCCCAUGGGAGGGGCCCCUCGGAUGUCUCCGGGUAUGGGAGGCGGCUCCCCCAUGCCUCCCAGCAACGCGAAUCCGCGAGCCGCUGGACCGUGGAAGGAAUAUUUUUCCCCCGAGGGUCGGCCGUACUAUCACAACGAAAUGACGGGUGUCACGACGUGGGAAAGGCCUCUCGAAUUCAUGCAGGCCCCCCCCCCGGGGCCCCCCGGCACCACCCCGGGCUACGGAGGGGGUGGCCACAUGGGGGCCCCCUCUGGCUUCGGGGGCAUGACGCAAGGAGGGGGCCCCCAGGGUGGCUGUAUGGAUGACGGGGCAGGAGGGGCCCCUGGCUCCAGAGAUCAGAAUGGACCUCCCGGGGCGAAUAUAUUUGUUUUCCACGUGCCGAAUGAGUGGAAUUACUGUGAUCUUCUGAACGCGUUCUCGCAGUUUGGUAAUGUUCUUUCGGCGCGAGUUGCAAUGGACAAACAGAGCGGCAGAAACAAGGGGUACGGAUUUGUUUCUUACGACACGCCUGAGGCUGCCGCUGCUGCGGUGGCUGCGAUGAAUGGUUUCUUAGCUGGGGGAAAGCGGCUGAAAGUUACUAUCAAGAAGGGCGAAGAGCAGCACGCAGUGCGACCUUCGCCAAUGGGAUUCAAUCAAGGCGGGGGUAUGCCGCCUGCGGGGGCCCCUCACCAAGGGGGCCCCCGUGACGGGCAGUGGGGUGGUGCUUACAACCCUCAGACUGCUGCUGGCGGAUACGGCCAGAGUCAGGGAGGCUUUGGAGGCGCUGGUGCUCAGCAGCAACAGCGGUUCGCGCCGUAUUGA